AUUACGUCGGAACUAAAAACCGCCACGAGUCCUAGCUAGAGCCUCACUUUCAGAUCUUCGCCGUUGAUAGUGAUUAUUCGAAAGACCCUAACCCCCUAUUGGCUGAUUCGAACGAUCCGCCUCCGUCGACGGUUGAAACAUUUCUCCUAUUCUUCUCCAAUUUCAGAAAGCUGAUUCCCUUUUUCCAAAAUUCUCCAUUUCCAUCUCUUUCUCAUUUGCACUCUGUAAUAUUCUGUGUCGAAAGGUUGCUUUUGGAAUCGAAUCCUUUUCUUGCGCAAAUUGAAUGUUCGCUGUAACUUUUUCAAAUUCUGCGUAAUUCUAAUUAAGUAGACUUUGCAUAAUUCUCCAACCUUUUCUUCUUUUUCUAUUUAAAGGCCAAAAGGCGCAAUAACGCAUUCACUCUGCGAUCAUUACCUUCUUAGCUUUGAUCAUUGCAUUGACAGCAAACUGGGGACGCAGGGUAUUUCUUUGGUGUCCAAAGUCCAAGCUAUUACGAUCCAGCGUCAAAUUUUGGACCGCCACCAUUGACGAGACAUGGCAUGCGGAUUUGAUGAAAAUAACCAGCAGACUGAUAUUGGCGCAGCUGUGCGCAAUGGGAGAGAAAUACUUUUGCAGGCUUUUAACUGGGAAUCUCACAAGUAUGAUUGGUGGAGAAAUUUGGAAAGGAAAGUUCCUGAUAUUGCAAAAUCUGGGUUUACUUCAGCAUGGUUGCCACCGCCUACUCAGUCCAUUGCACCUGAAGGUUACCUUCCACAGAACCUUUAUUCUAUAAACUCUUCAUAUGGUUCUGAGCACCUGUUGGAGGCUUUACUUCAAAAAAUGAAACAGUAUAAAGUCAGAGCAAUGGCUGACAUUGUUAUCAAUCACCGUGCUGGGACUACACAAGGACAUGGAGGAAUGUAUAACCGUUAUGAUGGGAUUCCAUUAUCAUGGGAUGAACGUGCUGUUACAUCUUGUACUGGUGGACUGGGUAAUCGCAGCACAGGGGACAACUUCCACAUGGUUCCAAACAUUGAUCAUACCCAACAUUUUGUUCGAACAGAUAUUACAGCAUGGCUGCAGUGGCUUCGUAAUAGUGUUGGCUUUCAAGAUUUCCGUUUUGACUUUGCAAGAGGUUACUCACCCAAAUACGUGAAAGAAUACAUUGAAGAAGCAAAACCAAUAUUUUCUGUCGGGGAGUAUUGGGAUUCUUGCAACUACAAUGGCUCAUAUUUGGAAUACGACCAAGAUAGCCACCGGCAACGGAUUAUCGAUUGGAUUGAUGGCACAGGACAGCUCUCAACUGCAUUUGACUUCACUACAAAGGGAAUUCUUCAGGAAGCUGUUAAGGGACAAUUCUGGCGUCUACGUGACUCUCAAGGGAAGCCACCAGGUGUAAUAGGAUGGUGGCCUUCAAGGGCUGUCACAUUCAUCGAUAACCAUGAUACAGGCUCAACACAGGCCCAUUGGCCUUUCCCUUCAGAUCAUAUUAUGGAGGGUUAUGCAUACAUACUUACACAUCCAGGAAUUCCAACAGUUUUCUAUGACCAUGUUUAUGACUUGGGUGACUCCAUUCAUGACCAAAUUGUGAAACUGAUUGACAUUAGAAAGCGCCAAGACAUCAAUAGUCGAUCAUCUAUCAGGAUUCUUGAAGCACAGCCAAAUCUCUAUUCUGCAAUUAUUGGGGAGAAAGUAUGCAUGAAACUUGGGGAUGGUUCCUGGUGCCCAACUGGCAGGGAAUGGACACUGGCAGCCUCCGGCCAUCGAUAUGCUGUGUGGCAAAAUGAUGCCCCUUCAUAAUUAGUCACCAGUCAAUUUUGGUAAUCUAUUUCUGUGGACUUCUGUUUGGUAGAGGUCAUGUCUUGCAGCUGGUAUUACAAUAGUAACUAUUUUAUGAAUAAUUUUGCUAUUUGUAUGAAUAAUUUGGGAUCAUCCAAGUUAUAUUAGAACUCCACGAAUCUUUGCUGCC